GGACGACAUGAUAGUCCUUUCCGGGCUAAACGUGACCAGGACGCGCAUCUGCAAGGGAUGGGUACCGCAUACGCUCGUAUGAAGCCGCGAGAAUGGAAGUGGUUGGAUGUGGAGCAGUGGUUGAAGAAGGUGGGCGUCGACAGAGAAGCCGAACGGUGUGGAAAGAAGUGGGACAAUUUGAUGCAGCAGUUCAGGAAGGUGCAUCACUUCCAAGGCUUGCCAGGGAAGCUGGACUUCUUCCAAUUCUCCGGGAAAGAGAGGUUGUCGAAGGGCUUCAAUUUCAACAUGGAUCGUGCAGUUUACGAUGAGAUCCUGGGGUCGAUCGCGAAGAGCCACACCAUAAACUCCAAGAACGUCGCCGACACUGGUGCUACGGGUGGUGUGCGUCUGCCAUCCGCCACUUCUGCGGAUCCUGAAUUUGUCGGCGAUGGGGACGCUGCUGCAGGGCACGACGACGACGAGGAUGGGUCGACGAGGGGUUCUUCUCAGACGACGGGAAGCCAUGCUGGUUUCGGCAAGCGGAAGAGCACGAGGCAGCAAACAUUCGAAGCGCUGAUGGAUUGCAUCGAGAAGCACGGGGCCACGAAGGCAGUCGCAUGCCGCGCUCCGCCGUCAUCGACGAUCCGCGCAUUCCGGCGGGAUUGCUGUGACAUCGCGCACCACAAAGGACACUCGACGUUCGUUCUCGCCAUCCUCGCGUUCGUCGACUUCAUCGCCUUUGCCGCCGCUUUUAUCGCCUUUCUCGCCAUUCUCCCCGCCUUCAUUGCCUUUCUCGCCAUCCUCGCGUUCGUCGCCUUCAUCGCCUUUCUCGCCGCCUUCAUCGCCUUUCUCGCCAUCCUCGCCUUUCUCGCCAUCCUCGCGCCCGUCGCCAUCUUACCCGUCGUCACCGUGAUCGCGCCCGUCGCGUUGCCAAGUCGCCACGUCGCCGCUGCAUCCGUCUUGGGCCAUGUGAACUUCAUCGCCGUGUUGUUCGACUGUGGAGUGCGCACCUCUGUUUCUUCCUCGCCAACACGACCAUCGCCACUUUCGCAGUCUAUCCCGCCGUCACCGUUGUCCUGUUUGUUGCCGGUACGGGCCAUCAUCCAGAAAGUCUUCCGUGUCGUCAACGACAGUGACGACAUCAUCGCCACACCCGUCAUCGCAGUGGAUACGACCAUCACAAUCUGCUGCAGGACACUUUUCACCGUCGACGCAGAGAUCUUCAAUUGGCGGCUGGUCUACCUUGAAGUCAGUGUGUCGCGCGUCAUGUCGUCCCGCGGUUCUGGACGCGCCAAGUCCGCAGGGAAACUGACAGUUGAAGUGGCUAUUCGGGAGAGAAAGGGCCGCCACGUCGCCAACAAACAAAGGAAACUCGUCGAAGGUGCCUCCCCGCUUCCGAAGUAUGUCGAGGAUGAUGAGUGGGUGGCGUCGCAGGUCGAAAGCGACUUCGAGGAAGAGGAGGAAGUGUCGUUGAAGCGGAAGUCUGCGAGGCGGGAAAGUGGAGCCCUCCGGAUUGAUGAUGUCGGCGAGAGACGAGGCGGAGGAGGGCGCACAAUGAUGGAAGACGUCAUCGACGUCAACGCUGCGGCAGCAUCCAGACGAGGCGGGGGAACAGUCGUCGGCCAGCAACAUCGCGCGACAGUGGUACGUGCGAAGGAGCGAGGGCGGGCGGGGCGAAGGCAGGCGGGGUUCCACAGGCGGGGGAAGGGGCAAGGGCAGGCGAUGUCGCAGCACAGGGGGAUGACGACGAAGCGCUGGUGAACAGGGUGCGUCAGCGGAAUGCGCGGGAUGGAAUCGAGGCGUCGUCGAAGCUGUGGGUGGACGACAUUCACUUCUAGAACAAAACGGAAGGGAACGC